AUGGCAGAGUACAUCUCCCAGCCUCCCUCCACUUGGCGCUCAGGCCCUCAGCCCCCUCAUACCUCUGCCAUCUGCCCACUGGAGUCCAUGGAUCUGGGGAUCUCGGAGCAGCAAACACCAUUGGAGCAGCAUCCGUCCUCACCAGAUCUGGGUGAGGAUGAGGAAGUCAACUCUCCACCGGAUCCUGAUGUUCCCUACCCCGACUUGGCCCCAGUAGUGUUCUUCUGCUUGAAGCAGACCACCAGCCCACGGAACUGGUGCAUCAAAAUGGUGUGCAACCCCUGGUUUGAGUGUGUCAGCAUGAUGGUGAUUUUGCUGAACUGUGUUACCCUGGGGAUGUACCAACCAUGUGAGGAUAUGGACUGCCUUUCCGACAGGUGUAAAAUAUUGCAGGUAUUUGAUGAUUUCAUCUUCAUCUUCUUUGCCAUGGAAAUGGUGUUAAAGAUGGUGGCCCUGGGGAUCUUUGGCAAGAAAUGUUACCUUGGAGAUACUUGGAACCGCCUGGAUUUCUUCAUUGUCAUGGCUGGUAUGGUGGAGUACUCCCUGGAUCUCCAAAAUAUCAACUUGUCUGCAAUCCGUACUGUCCGUGUCCUGAGACCCCUGAAAGCUAUCAACCGUGUGCCUAGCAUGCGCAUCCUUGUGAAUUUGCUCCUGGACACCUUGCCCAUGCUGGGGAACGUCCUACUUCUCUGCUUUUUUGUCUUCUUCAUCUUCGGCAUCAUCGGGGUGCAGCUGUGGGCUGGGCUGCUCCGCAACCGCUGCUUCAUGGAGGAGAACUUCACAAUACAAGGUGACAUUGUCCUACCCCCUUAUUACCAACCUGAGGAAGAUGAUGAGAUGCCCUUUAUCUGCUCACUGUCAGGAGACAAUGGAAUUAUGGGAUGUCAUGAGAUCCCCCCCCUGAAGGAGCGAGGCCAUGAAUGUUGUUUGGACAAGGAUGAUUAUUAUUACUAUAACUCAGUCCGGCAAGAGUUCAACAUCAGUGGCAUGUGUGUCAACUGGAACCAGUACUACAAUGUGUGCCGUACAGGCAAUGCCAAUCCACACAAAGGUGCCAUCAAUUUUGACAAUAUUGGAUAUGCUUGGAUUGUGAUAUUUCAGGUGAUCACACUGGAAGGGUGGGUGGAGAUCAUGUACUAUGUGAUGGAUGCCCAUUCGUUCUACAAUUUUAUCUACUUUAUCUUACUGAUAAUUGUGGGUUCCUUCUUCAUGAUUAACCUGUGCCUGGUGGUCAUCGCCACACAGUUCUCGGAGACCAAGCAGCGGGAGCACCAGUUGAUGCAGGAGCAGCGGGCCCGGUACCUGUCCUCCAGCACAGUGGCCAGCUACAUGGAACCGGGAGACUGCUAUGAGGAGAUCUUUCAAUAUGUCUGCCACAUCGUGCGCAAGGCCAAACGCCGCACCCUUGGGCUGUACAACAGCCUACAGAGCCGGCGCCAAGGCCAUGUGGAACCAAGUGAUGCCAAACUGGGCAUGAACAGGAAAAGCCAGAGACACUACAGGCUUUGCCAGCAGCACAACUCUCUUGACUGCACUCCUCAGGGCAUAGUCCAGCCCAUUGCCCUGACAGCAACCUCCGAUCCCACCAACUGCCCCCGAUGCCACAGGGGAGAGCAUGAAGCAUCCCGAAGGCUAUCUGUCUUGGACAGUGCUGACUCAGACCAGGAGGAUGGAGGAGCCAGUGAAGAGGUGGGAGAUGGUAGCAGGGGGGACCAGGGUGUCUCAGAGCUGGAGAAGGAGGAGGAGGAGGUGGAAGAAGGUGGACGGCUGAAACUCUGUAGUGACAUGUGGCUGGAAGUGAGGGUCAAGCUUCGAGGGAUUGUGGACAGCAAAUAUUUCAACCGUGGAAUCAUGAUUGCAAUCCUAGUGAACACCAUCAGCAUGGGCAUCGAGCACCACGAGCAGCCAGAGGAACUGACCAACAUCUUGGAGAUCAGCAAUGUUGUCUUUACAAGCAUGUUUGCCCUGGAGAUGAUCCUGAAACUUGCUGCUUUUGGGCUCUUUGAUUACCUCCGCAACCCCUACAACAUCUUUGACAGUAUCAUCGUCAUCAUCAGCAUCUGGGAGAUCAUUGGCCAGUCAGACGGGGGCCUUUCCGUGCUGAGGACUUUCCGCCUUCUGCGGGUGCUAAAGCUGGUGCGUUUCAUGCCUGCGCUGCGACGCCAGCUCGUUGUGCUGAUGAAGACUAUGGACAAUGUAGCCACCUUCUGCAUGCUCCUCAUGCUCUUCAUCUUUAUAUUCAGCAUCCUGGGAAUGCACAUUUUUGGAUGCAAGUUCAGCCUCAGGACGGACACAGGAGAUACAGUUCCUGACCGGAAAAAUUUUGACUCUCUGCUGUGGGCUAUCGUCACCGUGUUCCAGAUCCUAACACAGGAGGACUGGAACGUCGUGCUCUAUAACGGCAUGGCCUCCACCUCGCCGUGGGCAUCCCUUUACUUUGUGGCUCUCAUGACAUUUGGCAAUUAUGUCCUCUUCAAUCUGCUGGUGGCCAUCCUAGUGGAGGGGUUCCAGGCUGAGGGUGAUGCCAAUCGGUCAUACUCAGAUGAAGAUCGGAGUUCAUCAAAUGUGGAGGAAUUUGAUCAGUUCCAAGAUGUCCAGGAAGGUUCAGAUCCCAAGCUCUGUGCAAUUUCUGUGACACCAAAUGGACACUUGGACCCAUCCUUGCCCUCUUCCAACCCACCAGUGGCUUCUGGGGGAGUCACCAACAACUCACGCAACUCCCUGCAGCCAGACCAGAUUCAUAUUGCUGUUGGUUCUAGGAAGAGUAGUGUGAUGUCCCUGGGGAGAAUGACCUAUGACCAGCGAUCGUUGUCCAGCUCCCACAGUUCCCACUAUGGUGCUUGGGGCCGCAGCGGGGCCUGGGGGAGCCGCCGCUCCAGCUGGAACAGCCUGGCUCGGGGACACAGCCUGAAACACAAACCUCCCUCCACUGAGCACGAAUCUCUCCUUUCUGGGGAGAGACACAGGGCAGGAGAUGGGGGACAAGAUGGGACUAGAAGGAUGUCUCAUCACCGCCGAACACUUUCCCUGGACAACAAAGGCUCCUGUGACCUGAUGGAGUUGGCAUCAGUCCCAUCUGGCUACAGAGUGACCCGUAAGCCAGGGGCAGCAUCAGGAGCCAGCGAGCAUCAGGAUUGUAAUGGUAAAAUGCCCAAUAUUGCGAAAGAGAUCUUCCCAAAGAUGAACAAUCGCAAGGAGCGGGGAGAGGAUGAUGAGGAGAUAGAUUAUAGCCUGUGUUUUCGUAUCCGGAAAAUGAUGGAAGUCUACAAGCCAGACUGGUGUGAGUUACGAGAGGACUGGUCUAUAUAUCUCUUCUCUCCACAAAACAGGUUUCGUCUCCUCUGCCAAACAGUCAUCGCUCACAAGCUCUUCGAUUAUGUUGUGUUGGCCUUCAUCUUCCUGAACUGCAUCACCAUUGCCCUGGAGAGACCACAGAUUGAACACAGAAGCACGGAAAGAAUCUUUCUUACUGUGUCCAACUACAUUUUCACAGCAAUUUUUGUAGCUGAGAUGACACUGAAGGUGGUCUCUCUAGGCCUGUAUUUUGGGGAUCAGGCUUAUCUCCGCAGCAGCUGGAACAUCCUGGAUGGCUUCUUGGUCUUUGUGUCUCUCAUUGACAUUGUGGUCUCUGUGGCCUCCGCUGGUGGUGCCAAAAUCCUGGGGGUGCUGCGAGUCCUCCGGCUGCUGCGUACCUUACGUCCACUCCGAGUAAUCAGCCGAGCCCCUGGCCUGAAGCUGGUGGUGGAGACACUCAUUUCAUCUCUCAAGCCUAUAGGAAACAUUGUCCUCAUCUGCUGCGCUUUCUUCAUCAUCUUUGGCAUCCUGGGUGUGCAGCUCUUCAAGGGAAAGUUUUACCACUGCCUGGGAGUUGACGUCAGGAACAUCACCAACAGGUCUGACUGUGUGGCCGCCAACUACAAGUGGGUGCACCACAAAUACAACUUUGACAACCUGGGACAGGCCCUGAUGUCCCUCUUUGUUCUGGCCUCCAAGGAUGGCUGGGUCAAUAUUAUGUAUAACGGACUAGAUGCUGUGGCUGUUGACCAGCAGCCAGUGAUCAACAACAACCCCUGGAUGCUCCUCUACUUCAUCUCCUUCCUCCUCAUCGUCAGCUUCUUUGUGCUCAACAUGUUCGUGGGGGUGGUGGUGGAGAACUUCCACAAGUGCCGGCAGCACCAGGAGGCUGAGGAGGCACGCCGGCGGGAGGAGAAGCGCCUGCGGCGUCUGGAGAAGAAGCGAAGGAAGGCACAGCGUUUGCCGUACUAUGCUACCUACUGCCCCAUACGCCUCCUUAUUCAUUCAGUCUGCACGAGCCACUAUCUGGACAUCUUCAUCACUUUCAUCAUCUGCCUCAACGUGGUCACCAUGUCGUUGGAGCACUACAACCAACCUGUGUCCUUGGAGACAGCCCUCAAGUACUGCAACUACCUGUUCACCACUGUCUUUGUACUGGAGGCAGUGCUCAAGUUGGUGGCAUUUGGGCUGCGACGAUUCUUCAAAGACAGGUGGAACCAGCUAGAUCUGGCCAUUGUGCUGCUGUCUGUCAUGGGAAUCACAUUGGAAGAGAUUGAAAUCAAUGCUGCUCUACCCAUUAACCCCACUAUCAUCCGGAUCAUGAGAGUGCUGCGCAUCGCCCGGGUUCUGAAGCUGUUGAAGAUGGCCACAGGAAUGCGAGCACUGUUGGAUACAGUUGUUCAGGCCCUGCCACAGGUGGGGAACCUUGGAUUGCUUUUCAUGCUCCUGUUUUUCAUCUACGCUGCUCUAGGAGUGGAGCUCUUUGGAAAACUGGUAUGCAAUGAUGAGAACCCCUGUGAGGGCAUGAGCCGCCACGCCACCUUUGAGAACUUCGGGAUGGCCUUCCUCACGCUCUUCCAGGUGUCCACAGGUGACAACUGGAAUGGGAUCAUGAAGGAUACCUUGCGUGACUGCAGCCACGAUGACCGGAGCUGCCUCAGCAACCUGCAGUUCAUCUCCCCACUGUACUUUGUCAGCUUUGUGCUCACAGCCCAGUUUGUCCUCAUCAAUGUGGUGGUAGCUGUGCUCAUGAAACACCUGGAUGACAGCAACAAGGAGGCCCAGGAGGAUGCAGAGAUGGAUGCUGAGAUUGAACUGGAGAUUGCACAUGGGCUGUGCUCCCGCAAGUCAGGCUCUCCAAAGUCAGGACAAGGAGGAGCAGCAGGAGCAGGAACAGGAGGCAGUGGGAGAACAGAUCCUGAAGGACGUCUAUGCAUGAGAUGUUACUCUCCAGCACAGGAGAACUUAUGGCUGGACAGUGUCUCUUUAAUUAUUAAGGACUCCUUCGACGGGGAGUUAAUGAUCAUCGAUAACCUAUCGGGCUCCGUCUUCCAUCAUUACUCCUCGCCGGCCAUGUGCGAGAAGUGUAACCAUGACAAGCAAGAGGUUCAGCUGGCUGAAAUGGAAGCAUUAUCCCUCAACUCAGACAAAUCCUCUUCCAUCCUUCUAGGAGAUGAUUCAGACAAUCGCAGCACUUCUCAGCUGAGUCCUAAAGAAACCAAGAAUGGCCAAGAGAGCCCUGACUCCCCUGGGAUAGGAGAUAUGGGGGAAUGCCUGCUCCCAAUUACCGGUGCUGAUGGUUCUUCAAACCAUGACAGUUACCUGUGUGAAAUGGAGAAAACUCCUUUCAACUCAGUCCAGUCUUGGCUGAAGCAUGAAAGUACCAAAGUCCCUCCCAGCUCCUUCUCUCCAGGUACGUCUUGCCCUUUGUUACCUGUACCAGCAGAAUUUUUCCACCCAGCCAUCUCUGCCACCCAGACAGGCUCUGAGAAAGUCUCAUGUCCACGCAACCUUCCUAAGAUCUCUCUGCAAGGCUCAUGGGCAUCAUUGAGAUCUCCAAGUGUGAACUGUUCACUUCUUCAUCAGGGCCCUGGGAGUGACACCUCGCUGGACAGCCGGAGCAGCAGCUCUGUGGGCAGCCUGCAGACCACGCUGGAGGACAGCCUCAACCUCAGUGACUCUCCCCAGUGCACAUUGGACCUUCCAGUGGCUCUGUGCCCCAUGCCGGCUGUUGCCAGCCAAAGACCCCUGGCAGCCCCACUGUCACCUGCCUCCCGUCGGCGGAGCCUCAGGGGCCGAGGGAUCUUUAGCCUGCGAAACAUCCGGCGGCACCAGCGAAGUCACAGCAGUGGUGGGAGCACCAGCCCAGGGUGCACCCACCAUGACUCCAUGGACCCUUCAGAUGAGGAAGGGGCAGGCAGCAGUCUGAGGGGGGGCGGCAACAACAGCGAGCCCUCGGAGACCCUCAGCAGCCUCUCACUCACCUCCCUCUUCUCACCACCCCCCCCAGGGCUGAUGCUUGUGAAGAAGUGCAACAGCACCAGCAGCCUCCACACCAACCCAUCAUCCCGGGGCCCUGCAGCCCACGACACCAAGCCCUUCUACACUGUCGACCCUCGGGGCUUCCUCUCAAUGCCUUCCUGGGUGACGGACUUCUGCAAGGACACCCCUUUGCCAGGGGAUGGAGAGGAGCCAGACGGCCCUGGCAAAAUGGGAACAGGGGACCAUGGCUCCCCACUCCCUUCUGAGCUGGAGCUGGGUGACGGAGUCAGCAAGAGGAACAGAUGAGGGCACUUGGGGCACAGGGAGGGAGCGUUUGGCCGCCAGCACAGGAACGUGCUAUGCUAACUUUUCCCUGGCAGCAAUUCCAAAGGAUUUGUGGGAAAAAGAACCAGG